UUUAAUGGCAGAGCUGAGAGAUGAGCAGACCUGUUGAUGGGAAUAGCCUAAAUCAGUACUUACAGUUUCAAGCUGGCAAAGUAUUUCAGUGCCAUGGGUACUUCUUGUCUUCUACUUUAAGCAAACUAUAAACGACCAUGAAUGCUUGCCCCGUCAUCACCAUUGUUGGCAAAUAUUUCUGUAGAGCUCAUAAGAUACUUGACAUUAUAAAAGAGAGUCCUUUGUGACAAUUUAUUUGGUCGCAGAAUUGCUGCAACAACUGUUACUUGUCAUUACUUUUCUAAAAACGAGGCAUAGGGAAGGUAAACAUCAAAAACGGUGAAAUAACUAUUCUUGUGGUUCCUAUUUAAUAUAUCUUUUGAGAAUGUAACGUCUAACACAUUAAAAUUAUUUUAAGUUUAGAACAAGAAUAAAAGAAUCUGAAAACGUUGGAGAAGAUAAAGUAUAUUCAGUCUUCAAAUUAGAAGAUCAACAAAGCAGAAAAUGUACAAUUUUGAGGACGAGUUAACAUGUCCCAUUUGUUAUAGUAUUUUUGAAGAUCCUCGUGUACUACCAUGCUCUCAUACAUUUUGUAGAAACUGCUUGGAAAAUGUUCUUCAGGCAUCUGGUAACUUGUAUAUAUGGAGACCUUUACGAAUUCCACUCAAGUGCCCUAAUUGCAGAAGUAUUAUUGAAAUUGCUCCAACUGGUAUUGAGUCUUUACCUGUUAAUUUUGCAUUAAGGGCUAUUAUUGAAAAGUACCAGCAAGAAGAUCAUCCAGAUAUUGUCACUUGCCCUGAACAUUAUAGGCAACCAUUAAAUGUUUACUGUCUACUAGAUAAAAAAUUAGUGUGUGGUCAUUGCCUUACCAUAGGCCAACAUCAUGGCCAUCCUAUAGAUGAUCUUCAAACUGCCUAUCUGAAAGAAAAGGAGACGCCUCAGAAGUUGCUUGAACAGUUAACUGACACACACUGGACAGACCUUACUUGUCUUAUUGAAAAGCUGGAAGAAGAAAAAUCUCUGGCAGAGAAAAUGGUACAAGGUGAUAAAGAAGUUGUUCUUCAGUAUUUUAAGGAGCUUAGUGAUACAUUAGAACAGAAAAAAAAAUUGUUCCUAACUGCUCUCUGUGAUGUUGGCAAUCUGAUUAAUCAAGAAUAUACUCCCCAAAUUGAAAGAAUAAGAGAAAUGAGAAAGCAGCAGCUUGAGUUAAUGACAUUGACAACAUCUUUACAAGAAGAGUCUCCACUUAAAUUUCUUGAAAAAGUUGAUGACGUCCGCCAGCACGUGCAGAUCCUGAAACAAAGUCCACUUCCCGAGGUUCAACGUAUUGAAAUUUAUCCUCGAGUAAGCCAAGUAUUGAAAGAAGAUUGGAGCAUAACAGAAAUUGGACAAAUUAAGAAACUUCUCAUUCCUGAAAUGAAAAUUUCUUCAACAAGGAUGCCGUGUUCCUGGGGUGAUGAUGAAAAGGAAGUUGAACUUUUUAAGAUUCUAAACAUUGUUAUAGUCACACUAAUUUCAGUGAUUCUGAUGUUGAUCCUCUUUUUUAACCAACACAUAAUCUCCUUUCUAAAUGAAAUCACUUCAGUAUGUUUUUCUGAAGUUUCUCUAUCUGUUUACCAAAGUUUAUCUAACAGUCUGCAUGAUUUAAAGAAUAUACUGUGUCAUACUUUAUAUUUACUGAAGGAAUUCUUGUGGAAAAUAGUUUUUCGUUGAAAAUGCAAAUGUAAUUUGUUUAAAUAGGCUUGUCCUGUACAGGGACUAACCACCAUUGCUAAAUGGAGAAAUAGGGGUUUGCAUGGAUAAAUAGCAAACUAAAAGUUGCAACAAAUAUAUAGAAAUAUUUUAAAACUCAUGCUUCUGUUGGAUAGAAAUACGUCAAAAAUGAGAUGUCGCUAGUUUUCAAUCUGAAAACUAGAAUGAAAUCUAGUGAUUACUUGAGUAGUAGUAUCCUUUUUUUAUGGGUUUGAGAGGUUGACUUAUGACAAUAUUGCUGUGGCAUUUAAACAUUCUUGUAACAACAUUCUUUUAGCAUUAAUAUAUUGUAGUUACUGGCUUUGCAGUUCUUCAAACUUAGUAGCUUUUGGAUGAAAAGAUGGUAAAAUCCUGAAAAUGCCUACGCAUUUAUUUUUGACAUGGCUUGAUUCUUUUGAAUUUGCAAAUGAGGAUGGGUGAGACUUUAAAAUCUAGCUGCAAAGUCUAAAGAGAUAAGGGAUUACUUAAAGAUAUUUUUGAUCAAACCUGAUCCAUACAUUGUCUUAGAUUUAAGAGUAUUAAAAUGUUUAUCAACAUUCACUUCUUAUAAAGCUAUUGCUUUUGGAAAUCUGUUACUUGGGAACAAACUGCAACAUUUUCUAAUACCAUAUUCUAUGGUUUAACUUUUGUGUAGUUUUAGUUGUGAAAUCAGUUCUUGGAUAAAAACUCUGAAACAUUACUGGAACAGAAUAUGUAUUCCAUUCUUACCAGACUUAGAUGGCAGCAUGUUAACUGUAUUUAUCUUAAAAAUUAUCUUGAGUUUUUUGCCAAACAUUCCCUUAUGCUAAUGCCAAAGUACCAAUAAUUUAAUCUUCUUGAAUUUUGCUUAAAAGAGAGCCUUAACGUGAAGAUGGCUGGCUGCAUUAGGUCCAUUUAUGACCAGCAUAAUAUACCUAGCACAAUUAACUGUUGGUUGUGUGGGAUGGGCAAAGACAUUUGAAGGAUGUAAUGGAAGUAGGGGAGAACACACACACACACUCUUGAUUGUGAUUAAAGUAUGUCACAACACAAAGACGUAGUUUUAAAUGUGUAAAUAUUAGUAAAUAUAUGUGAAAUGUUAUGUGUCAAGCACUUAAUCUCAUUUCUGAAGUAGGUAUGACCCCCCCCCCCCUUUACAGAUGAAAACACAAGUCAUAUGUCUAAGGCCGUAGGUCCAGUGGGGGACUCUUGCUAGUUUUUAGACUAAACUUUUAAAUUUUAUGUAGUGUGCAUGAAUAUAGUCAAAUACAGGCAUACCUCAUUUUGUGCUUUUGCAGAGUAUUGAUUUUUUACAAAUUGAAGGUUAGUGGCAACCCUGUGUUGAGCCAGUCUAUCUGUGCCAAAAAAUUACAACUAACUGCAAGCUCAGAUGGUUAGCAUUUUUUUAGCAAUAAAGCAUUUUUAAAUUUGGGUAUGUAGUUUUUUAGAUAUAAUGUUGCAUACUGAAUAGACUGCAAUAUGUGUAGCAUAAGCCACCUUUAUAUGCACUAGGAAACCAAAAAAAUUUUGUGACUCAAUUGCUGUGGGUGGUCUGGAACUGAACCUGCAGUAUCUCCAAGGUAUGCCUGUGUACAAAUAACUGAUACUUAAACAUGCUGUUUUCUUUUGUAUUUUUACCGGAUGAGAUUGUAAAAUUUAAAGUAUAUACUGAAAUAUUUCUAUGUCUUAUAUAUAACAAAAGUAUAUAUUUUAAUAAACUCCUGACAUUUUAUUUAUAUUGAGUGGCUUAAUAAGGCAAACUCAGGAGUGGUAACUUUGGAAGUUUCACAUAGGUUGUGGGUAUCAUGUACUUUAACUUUGUAAAAAAAAAUAAACUCUACUCCAUGUUAUUAAAA